AUGCGGGCCGAACACUUUUCAAUACACUUGCUCGCCUGGAUAUACUUAGUUCAUUCAAAUCCGAUCGCACAAAAAGGAGGAUUAGGUACGUACCUGAUGAUCACUUUCUCAUCCUCACAACUCAUCCCUCCAGAAGUUUUGGAUAUCUCCGACGCUAACGACUUAUCCGUGCGUCAGCGUUUCGAAGAAGUUAUCCGACUGGACUGUGCAUCCCAACGGAGAAAGGCGCUGAACCGUAAGAACGCCGGCGAUUCACGAAUAUACGUGCCCACAUGUUCCCCCAAAAACGCACUGUACGUUCGGAACUUUUAGCUUUUCAACUGAAUGACCCUCUCACAGACUCUAUGACAAAAUUCAAUGCUACGAUGUGUCCGUGUACUGCUGGUGCGUCGACGAAAUCUCGGGCGAGCCCAAAAUCGGCUCAUCCACAUCGCGCGGAAAACCAAACUGUCAGGACGAUUCGUCGACCACAACGGCCCCUCCGGCUCCCCGUCGAGUCCGCAGGAACAACCGGUGCAAGGAGAAAAAGAGGUCUCGAUUCUUGCGCCGACUCGUUUCUUCGCUCAAGUCAGAGAUGAUUAUGAGUGGGGUAAACGCGACGAAAGUGAGCAGAGACUCGGCGAUCCGCUGGAAGUUCAAUCAGCUGAACGUCAAUCACAACAACGUGCUGGAAAGGGUCGAGUGGAAACCGUACAAAUCGGUUCUGCUCGGCUGGAAGAACGUGCGACAGUGCUCGAGGAGUCUGUUCAAGACUUGCGAUCUGGACAGGGACCGGAAGCUCACAUUCGACGAGUGGCGGAAGUGUAUUGUACAAGGUUGGACACUUUUAUCACUUUGAAGUGCAUCCGCAACAAUAUUCCAGAAAUCAACCGGGUUCCAGCCAAAAGACCAGAUCAACUCAACCCAUUUCUGUACAUUCUGAGACCAGAGUAA